GACGCAGGCCGGAAGUGUGCGAGCGCGAAGGGAGAAGCUUGAGUGGCUGCGGCUCACACUUCCGGCCAGUGCGUCGACGUCGGCCGGCUGAAAAGGGCGCCGCUUGGGGGUCUUCCGCCGCCGCUUUACGCGCUCCGCUCGUUCCCGGGCGCUCAUUUUCCUCUCUCCUCGCCGUAGGCCGUGACGACAUGAGCAGCAAAGAAGGGUCAGGAGGGUUCAGGAAAAGGAAGCAUGACAAUUUCCCACAUAACCAGAGAAGAGAAGGGAAGGAUGUUCAUUCAUCUUCACCCGUGAUGUUGGCCUUCAAAUCAUUUCAACAGGAACUUGAUGCAAGACAUGACAAAUAUGAGAGACUCGUGAAACUUAGUCGGGAUAUAACUGUUGAAAGUAAGAGGACAAUUUUUCUCCUCCAUAGGAUUACAAGUGCUCCUGAUAUGGAAGAAAUACUCACUGAAUCAGAAAUGAAAGUGGAUGGCGUCAGACAGAAGAUACUGCAGGCGGCCCAAGAGCUCUCAGGGGAAGACAUGCAUCAGUUCCACAGAGCCAUGACCACAGGCAGCCACGACUGUGUACCACCUGCAGCAUCUUAUCGGAGGAGACGGCUGUCACGGAGACCGGGCUACCUGAGGAGCACAGCUGGGCCCCAGACCGCGUUCCUCUCCCCGGCGGUGGGCACUCCGUGCCAGGCCCAGGGAGGGGCGUACGGUGAGGAGUCCCAGCACUCUGAGUCCAGGGCUGGACUGUGUGGCCUUGAGCCUGGAGGCCGGUGGCGCGGUCCUUCUGCUAGGAGCCGUGUUCCCAAGAGCGUCGCAGCCUCGGCUCUGACCUCCGCGGGCCACCGAGGCCUGGCUCUGACGGCCGGGAGAGGGACCCCAGGGCUCUUUGGGAUUCAGCUCAGAGCUGGCACCCCCCAACCCAACCGGCUAACCAGGUCGUGUGGCCCUGCGGACGCCGGGCGUCAGGGGGAGCUUCCAUCCAUGGACAGCUGCGCGGCCCCGAGCCCUAGCCGGGAAGCAGCCCGUGGUGAAGGAGCACGGGGCACUCGGACCAAAGGCUGCCUGUCCCCGGACGAGGUGAGCGGCACCAGCUGCAGCCUCAGAAGCGGCCCCAAGGCCCCCACCGCCCCCACCAGCUCUCAGGACGUCUUUACCUCCAGCUUUAGUUUCAUUCGCCUCUCCCUGGGCUCUGCGGGGGAGCGCGGAGAAGCAGAGGGCUGCCCGCCGUGCAGAGAGGCCGAGGGCCCUCGUCAGAGCCCGGAGGAGGCGGAGGCCAAGGCCGCCAGCGUGGACGGGCCCCACGAGCACCCUCGGCUGCACUCGCCCACGUUCACUCUCAAGGCUCCUCGGGGCCUGGCAGAUGCUGCGCAGACCGCGGAGGGCAGCUGCGGGCUGCAGCGAGAGAUGCUUCCGUGGCUGGACCGGGGUGCUGCCUCCGCCUGCUCGCCGGAUCCCGCGUGCUCGGGCGGCUGCCGCCCGGGGGACCCUCGCCGUUGGGACACUCUGCUCAGCAAACUGGAGCCCGCGCUGCUGCACUGCCUGCAGGGCCAGCGGAGGCGGCUGGAGGUAAAAUCCUUAAGAUUAAAGCUUCAGAAACUUCAGGAAAAAGCAGUUGAGGACGAUGAUUAUGAGAAGGCCGAGAUGAUCCAACGGAGAUUAGAGGACCUGGAGAAAGAGAGAGGCAGCCUGAACUUUCAGCUUCCUUCGAGGCAGCCGGCCCUUAGUGGCCUCCUGGGCCACCUGGGGGCUGUCCUGCGCCGGGGGGCUCAGCGGGCUGGCGGGGAUGACAGCCAAGCCCAGCUCAGAGUGGAAGCCAAGACCGUGGAACCCACCACUCAGGACAACCUGCGUGUGUCUGUCACCAGGCGAGACUGGCUUCUCCAAGAAAAGCAACAGUUGCAGAAGGAGAUCGAAGCCCUCCAGGCCAGGAUGUCUGUGCUGGAAGCAAAAGAGCAGCAGCUGAGGCAGGAGAUAGACGAGCAGGAGCAGCUCCUCCCGUGGCAGGGCUGCGACCUGAGCCCCCUGCUGGGCGGGCUGACCCCGCGCGAGCUGCAGGAGGUCCACGACACCUUGCGGGACACCCUGGCCUCAGCCAGCCGGGUUCCCCUGCGUGCAGAGCCGCCCGAAGCCAUAAGAAGCCUCCAGGAAGGGAUAAAAUCCCUCAACUUGUCACUUAAAGAAAUCACUGCUAAGGUGUGUAUGAGCGAGAGACUCUGCAGCACUCUGAGGAAGAAGCUUAACGACAUUGAAAUCCAAAUGCCGGCGUUGCUGGAAGCCAAAAUGCUUGCCAUAGCAGGAAACCAUUUCUGUACGGCUAAGGAGCUCACGGAGGAGAUCAGAUCCUUAACAUCUGAGAGGGAAGGGCUGGAGGGACUUCUCCACAAGCUGUCGGUGCUGAGUUCAAGGAACGUCAAAAAGUUGGGAAAUGUUGAAGAAGAUUACAACAGACUGAGAAGAGAACUGGACCACGGGAGAACUGCCUAUGAAACGAGCGUGAAGGAGAGCGCUACGAAGUAUAUGGAGGUGCUGGAGGACAAACUGUGCAGCUGCAAGUGUCCGCUGCUUGGAAAAGUGUGGGAAGCUGACUUGGAAGCUUGUCGGUUGCUUAUCCAGAGCCUGCAGCUCCAGGAGGCCAGGGGCAGCCUGUCUGCAGAGGACGCGAGGCAGGUGGAUGACUUAGGGGGAGGUACUUGUACAACAUCUCUGGCCACCCCCCACAGGCUCCACUCUGAAGAUGAGAGGAAGACCCCUUUGCAAGCAUGUGAAGAAUGGAAGGUGCACCUGACCCCCUCUCCUCACUGUGCUGGCAGUGAACAGAAAGAGGACUCCUACAUCCUUUCUGCAGAACUUGGAGAAAAAUGCGAAGCCAUAGGCAAGAAGUUAUUGUACCUAGACGAUCAGCUUCACACAGCGAUCCACAGUCACGAUGAAGACCUCAUUCAGUCUCUCAAGAGGGAGCUCCAGAUGGUGAAGGAGACUCUGCAGGCCAUGAUCCUGCAGCUCCAGCCGGCAAAGGAGGUGGGAGAGAGGGAGCCCGCUGCUUCCUGUGUGACAGCUGGCAUCCAGGAGUCACAGGCCUGAGGCGUGACAGGAUGGGGGAAGGAGGAACAGUGAUGCUCCUGUCUUCAUUUGGAUCCAGGGACACCGAACGAUCUCUGUCAUUUCCCGAAGUCACACUGGCAUUCCUGGGAGGCACCUGCUUCUUUGCUAAGCCUUCUGUGCUGUGUGGCGCUUCCGUCUUCCAUCAGAAGAUGCCCCUGCUUAAGCCAGCAAGUGGCCAGGGUCCAGGGAAUGAAGCAAAAGCACAACAUGAAUUUUCUCAUUGUGUUUCUGACAGUUUUCUGCUGAGCAUUAAAAAAUACACUAUACGUAUUUUAAGACGUAUAAUUAGUUUGUUCCAGGAGUGUUUGGUUUUUCAAUAAUAGAGCAAAUGCCUAAAUUAUUUAUAAUCAUGUCUAAAAAAAUAUUAUGUACAAGUCACAUGGCACAUGGAAUUCUUGAGUCCUUGAAUUAAUUCCAGUGAAGCAAAAUUUGGGACGAGUCAAGACUGUCUCUAAUAAAUCCCUACUUUGACAAGCGUUGUUUUAACAAGCCCCACAAGACAUCUUAACAGUCACUAACCCGAGCGUUUUCUAUUACUCAGGUAUCAUCAUGAAUAAUUCUGAGAGGUCAUUAUGCCUUGAAAAUUCUAGAAGCUAAUUACUGUCUGAGUGUGCCCCAAAUAAGGGGUCUCCAGUGCCUCCAGUGGGCAGUGUGCCCAUUUCCUUGUUGAGACCCUGACCCAGGCAGGUGAAUGAUGCUUUAACUACAAGCUCAGCUCAUCCGCAGUCUAUGCUGUUGUCAGAGGCAGCCAGGAAGCCUGCCCGAGGCCAGGGUGUUUCCUCUGACCCUCUGACCUUCUCAGGACAAGCCCCUCUUCAGUCACUGUGACCCUAGAAGACCCAGGACUGUACAUCUCAAACCCUAGGGCAGUGUCUGCAGAGCAACCUCAAAAGAGAUGAGAGCUUGAAUCUAAAAGCAGCAAAGCAAUAAGGACACAAAUCCAAGCUUUCGUGGAGACAAUCAAGACCACAAGCAAAGGUGCAGGUGGAGAAUGAUGGCUUUGGGUCUGAGUCCACUGUGGCCCGUGCGAGAGAACAGAUGAGAUAUUACAGGGUCCUCCGUGCUGAGAUGCCGGCAUCCAAAUGGCCACUUAUGCACUUCCUCCAGCCCGACUUAGCGGGGCGUCUUCCGAGUCAGUAACAGUCCUGGUUCCUUCCUACGUCCUGAAAUUUCAACAUCAUAAUGAUCUUCCUCAAAUCAAGUUAACGUGUAACGUUGGGAGCUUUUCUUCCUGGGCAGUAGGGCUGGUUUCCCCGCCCCAGGAGCAUGGAGAGGCUCACAUGGGGGCGCUGGGACUGUCCUAAGACCUUUCUAAUCAUUAUCGCCUUUAAUCCUCAUUUCAGUCUUACAGGGUGGGUGUUUGUAGUUGGUGAAAUUGAGCCUUAGGAGACUGCUAAUGUACCCCACAGCACGGAGGUGGAGGGCAGUGGACUGGCAGCGGCAUUUGGGGACAGGUAGAAUGCUUCUAACUGUGUUCUUCCUAGCGUACUUGUAAUGUCUUUUGGGGACUAUGAGCCAUGGAGCAUAUUUGCUCGCUUAAGAACACAUGUUGGGGGCAGGGGUGUAUAGCUCAGUGGUAGAGCACGUGCUUAGCAUGCACGAGGUCCUGGGUUCAAUCCCCAGUCCCUCCAUUAAAAAAAAAAAUAAAAAGAACACAUGUCCACCUUGGGAAUCCUGCCUUGAGAAUCAGAGAAUCUGAGCCUACCACCCAUCACCGUCCUCACCAAUCGUUCAUUCCCCAUCCACCUCAAACGCCAUGCCAGGAACAACCACUUACUGCCUGACAUCAUGCAGAUUUUCUUGAAAAUCCCCAUCCAAUUGGUAUUUUUCAGAAAGCAUUUCAGGAAGCAACAUUGUGCCCAUUGGUUAAUGCCUCCUUGUAUAAACGAUUUGAUACUCAUGUUUAAUAACCUCACCUUAUCUAAUCUUUGAAUUUUAUUAUAUAAUUUAUUACUUCAUGAAAUUUACUUUUCGUUAUGUGAAAUUAAAACUGUGAUCCAAGCCAUGGUUGGAUAUUUAACAUUUUUCUUUUGACUUCUAGGAUGUGGGUGAUAGAAACAUUUUUAUCACCUUGACUCAUCUCAUCUUUCUGUUCCAGGACGAUUCAUUGUACAGUUACUUACAUCACACGAAAUGUUUCUAAUAAAGCAGUGCUAAAAAACUGUGUAUGUGUUUACUUUCAGAUCUCAACCAGUCAGGAAGCAGUGGAAUUUUCUAUUCCAGACCCUUUGAGGAAGUUGAAAAUAACAUUAUCACUAAGUGUUCAGAAAGACUCAUGUAUAACCAAUCCACUAUCUUCAUGUUUUCCAGUCUUUGUACAAAAACAGAUUUUCACCAAACUGUAGCCAGCCUUUUUUUUUUAUUCUGUUUUUUAUGCUUAACAUUAUGGUAUUUUCCAUUUUUCUACAGAAUCGUUAUAAUCAUUGUAUCUGUUGCUGCAUAAUAUGCUAUCAAAUUGAUCCACUAUCGUUUAGGUAUUGCUAUGUAAAUGGCAUUGAGUCUUUCCAAUAUUUUGCUAUUAUAGAUAAAGCUGCAACCACAUCUUCAUGCAUAUGGCCUUUUCUUUCCAUUGAAUUAUGUCCCUAGGGGAAAUUCCCAGGAGUGAGAAUGCCGAAAUAAAAGGUAAGAGAGAGUGCCACUUUUUUUUUUUGAAGUUUUUAUUCUGUCAUCACUUAUUUCUUCUUUUUUUUUUUUGGCAGGGGCGGGGGAUCACUAGGUUUAUUUAUUUAUUUUAAUGGAGGUGCUGGGGAUUGAACCCAGGACCUCGUGCGUGCUAGGCAUGCACUCUACCCCUGAGCUGUACCCUCCCCCUCCACCCUACUGUGAGUACCACAUUUGAAAUGGAACAUGCAUUAGAGAGCAAACUGAAGGUAACAGCCAGCCCCGCAAGCAGCCCCCUCCUCUGCUGGCGGGACUCCCAGCCAGCUAGUGAUUGGUUCAGUUGGUUUUUUGGUGUUUCCUCUCAUGAAUAUACCCACGAUCACCGCAUCAGGCAAAUCACAGAUGCACAGUUUCUACCAUUAAAAUGAGCAGUGUGGAGCCUGCAGCCCCAUUUCACUGAUCUCCUUCACUGCUGCUCUUGUUGGUCUGAGGCCACGCUGUUUUGUCUCCAGAUAACAUGUGCCGAGUCACACAAGGAUCCAGGAUUUAAAGACCACAAAGUUUUUCCACUUUGCCAGCUGUCUUCUUGAACUUUUGUUUGAACUUUUGCAAAAUGAAGAUGAUAAUAAUAAAGCCAGCCAUUCAAGGGUGUGGAAAAACCCAAAGUCAAUGUAUAGGAAAGGCUUUUUAAAAAUAAAGCAACAGAUACAGGCAUUUAAAAAUGAGGAAUCUAAAAAAAAAAGAGAGAAAAAAUGACACAAAUGAACAUAUUUACAAAACAGAAACAGACUCACAGACAUAGAAAGCAAACUUAUGUUACCAGGGGAGAAAAAGGGUUGGGAAGGGAUAAAUUGGGACCUCAAGAUUUGCAGAUACUAACUACUAUAUAUAAAAUAAAUAACAAAUUGAUACUGUAUAGCAUAGGGAACUAUAUUCAAUAUCUCAUAGUAACCUAAUAAUGAAAAAGAACUUGAAAAGGAAUAUCUGUAUGUAUAUGUAUGACUGAAACACUAUGCUGUACACCAGAAAUUGACACAACAUUGUAAACUGACUGUAU